AUGCCCGACGAUCGAAAAAAUGCGAAUGUUGCGUUCUCGCAUUAUUCCGCUCGAAACCCGCAAGCAAACUUUUCGCGUGCGCUUUUGGCAUACUGUAGUCGGAAAAUUUUCCGAAAAAACGUUGAAAUUGUCCGAUCAGAAUUCCGUUCCAAGCAUCCCUAG